CUAUACUGCCAGCCUGACACUAGACAGACCCGUCAGACUGGUCUAGUAUCCGCUUGGUGCCGCCUGUGGGAGAGAAACACGGAAGAGUUCAUUCAAGGCGUUUGGGGAUCCUCGCGGACACACGUACACGAGUUUCUCCCGGUAAACAUGCUCCGGUGACGCUUCUCCAACGCGUCCUCGCGUUUUUCUCUCAUUCGCAGCGGUUUAAAGUGGAGAUGUCUGGAAACACUUUACUGCAUGGACUGAUUCUCUUAUAUUCAAUUCACCCGCUCGUGCUCGCCGAAAAACCGGAUGAUGGCUGUGGCCAUUAUGUCAUUGGUCAAGAGAGUGGUGUCUUGUCCUCCAAGAACUACCCAGGAACUUACCCCAACAACUCCUGGUGUGAAUGGCGGAUCCACGUACCCAUUGGCCACACUAUUGUCCUUAAGUUUGGAGACCUGGACAUGGAGAAGAAGGACUGUGAGUCGGACUAUUUGAAGGUUCUGAAAGGAUCGUAUGGGGCAGAAAACGUUUACUGGGAGUACUGUGGUGGUCUGAUGCCCAAGCGUACACCGAAUCACACAGACUCCAGUGAACUGACCGUCCGCUUUGCAGCAGCCCAGCACAUCUCUGGAAGAGGAUUUCUGCUUUCAUACUCCACUGAAAACCACAAAGAGCUGCUGACUUGCUUGGACAAAGGCAGUCAUUUCCCAGCAGCAAAGUACAGGAAGUACUGUCCGGCCGGAUGUGCAGCGGUGACGGGAGAUGUGUCUGGGGACAUUUCCCUGGGCUACAGACAUACAUCAGUUUUGUGUAAAGCAGCAGUGCAUGCUGGGGUCAUCAUGGACCAGUUUGGAGGACCAAUCACAGUGGAGGCGCGCCGAGGGCUCAGUCGUUACCCUGCGGUCAGAGCCAACGGCAUCCAGUCAAAAGAUGGCUCGUUGUCUGAAACCCUCUUCACAUUUGUGACAAAUGAUUGCAGCCAACAUACUGUUCUUCAACUUGUGAGCACUACUACAAGCUUGCCAUCACACAAAAAUAUCUCUUCUGACGGGUCUGAAGUCGACUGGUUUCUUAGUAGCACCCAACCAGGUGUUGGUGAUGACUUUAACAAUAACCAUCCAAAAUGGCUCCAGAUUGACCUCAGAGAAAAGAGGAGGAUCACAGGUAUUCUGACAACAGGCUUGACCAUUGCAGGCUUUGAAUAUUUUGUAAAAAACUACAAGAUUGAGUACAAAGAGAGGAGUCGCUGGCGUACAUUUGUGCAGUAUAAUAACUCUGAUGAAAUGAUCUUUGAAGGAAAUACUGACAGCCUCCACCAAACACGCAACACCUUCCAUCCCUCCAUUGUAGCACGAAGUAUUCGAGUCGUACCUCAACAGUGGCACCGGAUAAUCGCUAUGAGAUUGCAGCUACUGGGCUGUCCUUACGUUAAACCCAUCCCAGUGAAUUCAUCAUCUAAGGUGACACAGGAGGCCCGGCCUACACAGUCCAUUCACAGUGACAUGACCAAACCAGUGGCCUCUCAGGCUGAUCUUGUUAAUCUGGUCAUAAUAAUUGUGCCAACCAUUCUGCUUGUGGUCUUGCUCCUUGUGGGAAUCUGCGUGGUUAAAAUGCUAUACAAUAAGAAGACCAAGGAGAACACGUAUGGCUCUGCGGAGACGCAUACAGGCUGUUGGAGGCAGAUAAAACAGCCGUUUGCCAGGCACCAGUCCACAGAGUUCACCAUCAAAUACAGCUCUGAGAAAGACCCCAUCCAGAAGCUGGACCUGGUAACCAGUGCAAUGGCAGCUGAGUACCAGCAGCCUCUCAUGCUCGGCACAGACACAGUGUCCAGAAAAGGUUCAACGUUCAGACCCAUGGACACUGAGGACAAAGACAUCGAGGCUACUUCUCACUACGACCACCUGCACACAGGCAUCCAGUACGCCCUGCCACUGACCAAUCAGGAACCAGAGUACGCCACACCCAUCAUCGAGCGCCACGCCUUCCGCAAAGAUCCCUUCCUUCCGGAUCCCAGCUACUGCGUCCCAGGCGUGGUACUAAACAAAAGCCCGUCAUUUCGAGCAGUGGAGGGCAGUAACUGUAGGACAGUGAUCGGAGGGCUUGCCGGGGGCUACCAGACGCCCCACAUCAAAACGGACAGGGGGAAUUACCCAGAGGACAUCUAUGACAGCCCAAAAAUCCUGAAACCCGUCAUGCAGAACGGGAGUUGCUCAGCGUACCAGAGACCUCAGAUUAAAUCCCCAGUUCAAGAGUGCUAUUCCACUCCCAGAGACUGCGUCAGACUGCCUUUCUCUGGACUCAGACCGGACCCCGAGGGCAGCAGCUCCGAAGGAAGCUGAGAAGAACCGCACUGUGAUGUGCCUGAUAUACCUGACUCAACAAAACCACCUCCAGACUCUUUAACUUAUUUGUGCAUGAGGGACAGCUUGUUUUUGCAUUUUUGCGGAGGCCAUAACGGAUGACACCAGUUUGUGUAAUUUAACGAUUUUUUUUUUAUAUAUUAUGUAUUUUGUCUUGACAUGUCAAGAUUUUUAUUAAAUUGUCCUGUUUGUUCCCCGUUCAUUCCCUACGGACACAAACUGUGAAUGCGAGCCAGAUUUUCAUGUAUUCUACAAUGUGACCAUCCCUUUGAACAUCCCUAAAAGGCAAUUUCACUGAUUUUUCGACCAGCUUUGUACUCCACCCCAAAAUGUCAGUGAUUAAUUUUGUCAUUAAUCACUUACCCCCAUGUCGUUCCAAACCCAUAAAAGCACAGUUCAUCUUCGGAACACAAUUUAA